CCAGGCCGGGAAGUCCGACCCUGCCCGGGUCCCCACCCCCCGGAAUGCCGGCCCCGCGCCCGCCCGCGGGAACCCGCACUCCGCUCCUGCUCCUGCUCCCCAGCGCGCGGGAGCGCCAGCUCUGCGCCGCCCGCCCCUUUGCCCCCAGCUCGCCCUGCGCCCCUAGCCCGCUGGAACCCCGACUCCGCCCCUGCUCCCCCCGCCCGCCGGAGCCCCGACUCCGCCCCUGCUUCCCCCGCCCGCGCGAGCGCCGACUCCGCCCGCUGUCCCCCGCCCGCCGCCGCUGCCACGAGUCCGGGGCUGUCGUGCGCUUGGGCGCCAGGCUUGGGGAGCUUGGCGAGGCCGUGGACCUGCGUCUGCCCCGCCCAGUGCCUCGACUCAGCCCAGUGCGGCCUGUUUGGUUGCAUGCCUGGCCGGGGACAGUGGGGACACCAGAUGUGACUGGUGGCUGUGCAUUCCAGAGCUUCCUGGAGAACAGCUCAGAGCUUCCCCAGACCCAAACCUCACAUUCUAGGAGAGGAAGCUGGGCUCCUUUCUCUGGCGCUGCCCGCAUCUGGAGAUGGCCUCAGCCCUGUUCUCGGGCAUCCGAAGCUCCUGUCCCAGACCCCAAGGCAGGAAAUGGGGGAAUAGCAGAUUUUACAGGCUCGCUGUCGUCAGCGCUGAAUCAUACAGAGCGGGAAGCGCCCCUAGCCUGCGCAACACCGAAGCUGCUGGAGGCAGGUGCCCAGUGCCCAGCCGGCCCCUGAGUCCUCACGGCAGGAACGGAAAGUUCUGGAUGUGGGCUGGCUAAUAUUCCUGGUCACCAUCUCCCCCCCCCCCCAGCAUCACCAACCAACAAGGGCCAGUCUCUUGGCCUUCCUUUCUGUUUGGUCCGGAGAUCUGUCAUGAUUCCCCAGCCUGCCCCAGCCGCAAGCCCCUCGGGCUGGGGCAGGGGUCUCAGCGCAGAGUGUGCCGAGUGAGGUGGGCGGGAAUGGAGCAGGAGGACCCUCCGGGUGCUGGCUGUGUGGCUGCCGGAAGACAGCCCACCCCACCCCACUGUCUGUCAAACGGAGGGCAGCGUGGCUCCCAGGGCCCGGGGCUCCGGUAUCUCCUCCCAAGGGACAGCUGUGUCCCCCACCGAGCUGUUGUCU